AUGCAAUGGGGUGGAGAAGAUGUUGUUACGGGUGAUGCAGUUGAGCCACAAACUGAUGAAGUUGUGAGGGUAAACGAAACUGAGCAAGUGGUGAGGGUUGAUGAAGCUGAGGAACUGGGCAUGGUUAAUCAAGUUGUUGGCCAUAUGUAUACUACAGUUCAACCAAGAAAGAGGAAAAAGUCUGAGAGAAUUCUUAAACUAAAGCUUCCUAAAAGAGUUGAAGGUGAAGGUAGUAGUGUUGGAUCGCCAAUGGAGUUAGAUUAA